AUUUCCCUUCACAUGAUGGGAUAUUUUCCAACUACCAAUCAUAUGAUAGCAAAAAAGUUAAAAGUCAGAAAUUUUUUGUACAAGACCAACGUAACUUGAAGUGGGCGCACACAUCUACAAACUUCUGCAAGAAACGUGUGAACGCGGCUUUAUUUAAUAAAAAAAUUAUCUUUGAUUUGUGUGUAGAAAUUAAGAAAAAAACAGCAAAAUGGCUUUAAGCGAUGCUGAUGUACAGAAACAGAUCAAACAUAUGAUGGCUUUCAUCGAACAAGAGGCCAAUGAAAAGGCUGAAGAAAUCGAUGCUAAAGCCGAAGAAGAAUUCAACAUUGAGAAGGGACGUUUGGUACAACAACAACGUCUCAAGAUCAUGGAAUACUACGAAAAGAAAGAGAAACAAGUUGAAUUACAAAAGAAAAUUCAAUCAUCAAACAUGCUUAACCAAGCUCGUUUGAAGGUCCUCAAAAUUCGUGAAGAUCAUGUAGGCAGUGUAUUGGAUGAUGCCCGUCGCCGUUUGGGUGAGGUAACCAAAAAUCCAAGUGAAUACAGAGUUGUUUUGCAAAAAUUGAUUUUGCAAGCCUUGUACCAGACCAUGGAACCCACAGUUAUCUUACGCUGCCGCCAAGUUGAUGUUGGUCUUGUCAAUGAAGCCUUGCCCGCCGCCAUUGACAUGUACAAGCAAGAACUUAAUCAAGAUGUUGUUGUUAGUGUUGAUACCGAUAACUAUUUGCCUGCCGAUGCAUGUGGUGGUGUUGAAUUGAUUGCUUUGAAUGGUCGUGUUAAGGUUCCCAACACUUUGGAAUCACGCUUGGAAUUGAUUUCACAGCAAUUGGUGCCCGAAAUUCGUAACGCCCUGUUCGGUCGUAACGUCAAUCGUAAAUUUGCCGAUUAAGUAUCUUAAUUUUUCUUUUCUUCUACUUGUGUGCAUAAAUUUAUUUAGCUUACAAAUAAUCAUUAUAAUAAUAAUAAUUACAAAAGAAAAUGCAAACAAAUUAUUAAUAACAACAGCAACAAAAAUAACAACCAACCAAAUGCAAAAAAAAAACAAUUAACGAAAUAAUCACCUCCUCUAUACAACCAAAUAAAAUGAAAAAAAAACCGCGACUAACAAACAAACAUACUCUAAUCCCCCAAUCUUAACCAACAACAACUUAACAUUUCUAAUAACAGUUUGCGUUGAUAUUUAUUGAGAGCAUGUUCUGAAAUAAUCCACAAAAAUAAAAGAAGCAAAUUUUGUUUGGUUUAAUAAUAAUGUUUAUUUUAGAUAUUUUGUGAAUGUUUGAAAUAGAUAAUUUUAAAAUCAUCUUAAAAAAAAGGAAAACACUAUUAAUCUAAAAACAAUGUUUAAGUUUUGUUUUUGAAGCCAGAAAGAAAAUAGUUUAAAAAACAUUAAAAUAAAAAUAAAUUAAAGGAAAAAACAAGUUAUACAUAUUUAAACAUAUUUACUUAUACUACAAACAAAAACAAAAAAAAAACUACUAACUAAACUACCUACUAUGUUAUAACAUAUAAAACAAAAAUUAAUCAUUAAUUAAUCUACAUUUAAACAUUCCUGUACAAAAAACGAAAGAAAAACUAAAGACAAAAACCCUUUAAAAAAUAUGUAAAAUGUUAAAUAUAACAAAGUAUUGUAUUGUAAAGUUGUACUUUUUUCAACAACUCUUUUUUUUGCCCCUAAAUUUUGUUAAAUAUUUUUAAGUUUUGUCAUUCACUCAUUCCUACCUUCUAAAUUCCUUUAAAACCUCAAAAGCUGUGUUAUUUUUUGAGAUAUUUGUUAAAGCUUUAUUUACAAGAAAAAACUGCCAAAAAAUAGCUAAAAAAACAUUAAACAACUAAAUUUUUUAUAAUAUUUUUCUCCAUAGGUUUCUUGUGUUAUAACUUUGGGAUCAGCAUCCUUUAUAUUUUAUUUAAAGAAAUUGUGAAACAAAAUUUCUCUAUUUAAAAUGUAGAGUUUCUCAAAGUAAACAUAAAAAAUCUAUAUAUUUCAUUCUCUUUGAAAAUACCCGAUAAAACGAUACAUGUGUGUGUGGGUUAAAACUUCUUUGAUUUCUCUCUUCUCUUAAAAAUGCUUUAAAAAAACUCCCUUUAUUUAUGGCCUAAAAAACUCUUUGUCGUCAUAAACUCACUAAAUUUCUUUUGAUUUUUGUUACAGUUUUUUUUAAAAUAAAUUUACUUAAAAUUAUCUAAAUGUUUAAUAGUAAAAAAUUGCAAAAAAAAUCCCGUUGGAAAUUAAAAUUCUUCAAAAACAUCUGAGAAAAUAAUUAUAUUUUUAGAAACCACCAGGCUUUUUAAUAACACAGCUUUUUUAAUUUUCCUUGUAUUUUUUUAUUUUCCCUCUAAUGAAAAAAGUGCUUCUUUAAAGUUUUCCUUUUUUCUAUCGAAAUACUAUAAUAAAGAUUUUGUUAAAUUUAUUUGCCCGUUAAUUUGUUUAUUAUUAUUUAAUUUAAUUAAAUGUUGCUGCUGUUUUUUUUGUUAAAAAUGAAUUAAUAAAAAUCAUUAUUAUAAAUACUGUAUAAUUUUUAUUAUUUUAAUCCCUCCUUUUUAAUGAUUUAUUUUUUUUUUGUUUUGUUCUCUUGUUUAUUAAGUAUUAAUAAAAUUUACCCACAAACAAAUAUA